AUGUCCGACGCAGAGGAAUCAACAGGCACCGCGUUCGCAGUGAGCAUGGCGGCUAACAUUCCCCCGCCGUCUGUGAUGGGCUUCACGGGCGAUUGGAGCACUAACUGGGAUGUUUUCCGCGCGGAAUAUGAAGACUAUGUUCUUGUGACUGGAGUGGCGGAAAAGGACAAAAAAAUACAGGCGGCAACUCUCCGCAGUGUUAUGGGCAGCGAAUGCAGACAUGUUUACCGUCACAACCUAAACCUCACGGCGGAGCAGAGAGAGGAUCCCGCGGCUAUACUGAGCGCCCUGGAGAGCACCACGGGCAAGGUGCUCUGCAUGGACGGGGAAGCUGAGUCAGGGCAGAGCAGUGAGGAGGAGACACAUCUGUACAUGAUUGAGUCAGUCAGUGCAGUGGGACAGACUAAAGGGAAAAAAUGGUUCGUCACACUAAAGUUCAACAGCAAAUCACAGAGGUGCCAGCUUGACUCGGGAGCCACCUGCAACAUAAUGACACUGAAAGAUAAGAAAAAGCUCUCAUCCAAAGGAAAACUACGCCAAAGCGAUACCUGUGAACGUCUUGGUUUCAUACGUUUCACUAUUCCGGAAGAUGCACUCAAGGUGGACACUGUGGUGCGAGCAGGACAUUUGACCAAAGACACUGUGGAGGUCCAGGAGGACCUGCAACAGGUGAACCAAGCAGAUUACCUGAACGUAACGGGCCAACGCCUGGAACAAAUCAGGCGACACACAGACAAUGAUGAGGGUCUGCAGGCAUUGAGGUACACAGUCACCACAGGCUGGCCGGAUCUCAAAGAGCAGACAUCCAUUCCUGUGACCAACAAACUCCUUGAGCCGGUGGUGGUGACAGGAGUUACUGAGAAGCUUCAAUACAGGAGGCAGCUCGCCAAGUCGUUCUACGACCGGUCAGCGCGGGUCCUACCGGAGCUGGAGGUAGGAGAGACUGUCAGAAUGAAGCCUCCUCCUGGCGACACCUCCCGCAUAUGGAGAGCUGGAACCUGUCUUGGCAAGGUCGCGCCUCGGUCUUACCUUGUGGACAUGGACGGUUCUGUUUAUCGCCGCAACAGAGUGGAUCUUAGAGUGGCAGAAUCAGGGGCUGCUCUGGGAUUUGGGGACAGUGAUUUGGGAACCAGGAAGGAGUUUGGGGAGUUUAAAGUCCGUCUGUGA